GGACAGUGGGAAAUCAUGGUCAACAACGGUGUCAACCGUUAUACGCGGUGACAUUGUGCAAACACGUCCGCUCAGGAUUGCUCUCACUUGUGAAGGAUUUGCUGGUGUGUUUUGGUUCAAGGGUCGUCGGGCGAAGGAAUGCGGAAGUAGAGUGGGACGUCCAGCUGACGAAUCGGCGUCACAUCGCCUCUCCUGCAAUGACAAUGUUCGGCCAUGUGUCCACACAAGUCACACAUGUCACCCCACGGAUCACCGUUUCCCCACGCCUCUUUGUUUGUUUGGUCACAGAUCUGUGGUAGACGGACUACAAAAGAAAAUGAAAGAUGUAGCUCGGUCUAAAAAGCACCCUGGAACAGUAAACAGGCUAUGAAUUCCUCCAAGUGUGAGGAAGCCCCAGAUGAAAAAAUGCUUGAAAAAGAACACAAGCAUGGUAAAAAAGACGAGACUGAGGAUUUUGCCUUUUGCGAGGCACCCGAAGAGCGUGAAGGGGACUCUCAUGGGACCGCCGAGCCCGGUAAACGAACUUGUUCAGAAAUGGAACCAGACUCCAAACAGUUCUCAAGCGGCAAGAGAGUCAAAGUUGCAGAAGAGAUGAAGCGGCAGUUAGCAGAUGAGAGCAGCAGACAUGAGCCUCUGUGUCUCAGCACGAGCGGAGAGACGAGAGACAACCUCCAUGGCAAAUCCAGAAUUUCCUACAGAAAGCCUCUCUUCAGUAUCUCCCACAGAAUCUUAGAGAAGAAGAACAUGCAGAAUGUCGAGCAGCAAGCGGGUCAAGUUUCUGGAAAUCUGCACAACUCCAGCGGCCACUUCUCCUCCACUCUCCCGAGUCCCCAGGAAAAUGGCUUUUCGGAGUUUUUUCCAAGCACGGACAAUUCAGGCCAAACGUGGUCAAAGGACUCAAGCAUUUCCCCUUUAAUCGAAAAGAUGUUUUUCAUUCUCAAUAGUCUCAGUUCCAGCAUGACUCAGCUGCACAGCAAGGUGGACCUCUUAAGUCUGGAAGUCAUGCGGAUCAAGAAGCAGAUCAAACCGGCGCAGAUGGUGGCCGAGUUCCAGCCGCCGCCGGAAUAUUUGCUGACAAGCGAAGAGUUGAAUCCUCUCAUGAGGCAGACGUCCAACGCGGGAGAGCUCGGUUGUCGCUUGCUGGUGCAUCUCUUCCCAGAGCUGUUCAAAGCCCGGGAUUGCUCCCAUGACUGCGUGGCCACCAAGCGAUCGCUGGAGUCUCUCCAUUUGCAGCUGAUCCGCAACUACGUGGAGGCGUGCUAUCCCUCAGUCAGGAACAACGCUGUAUGGAAGGGAGAGUGCCUCCCUCAGAUUAAUGACUUUUUUAAUCGCUUUUGGGCCCACAGAGACAUGGAAAGCACCCGGUUGCUCAGGAAGCAGACAACGGCGGGAGACGCAAUCAAAGCGGAGCGUUCUCCGAGUUACCGUUUGGAAAACGAGCAAGGUCGCGGGGAGCAUUUCUCUCGAGACAACGAGCAGGGCAGCUUGGCGGGAAUGUUCAACGACCAAGCCGCACAGGACCUGGAUGAGCUCUCGUCCCCCGAAGACUUUGUCAUUUUCCUGAUGCGUCGACUGUUCCCCGAGCUCUUUGAAGAGGGGACGAGAGCGCCAGAGGGCUCAAACUGUUUGAACGGUGUCGCCCAGCAGAUUCUCGACUCGGACAGGAUGGAAAUCAUCAGAAAGUAUAUGGAAACCAAUUUUCCAGAUGUGCCCGAGGAGAGCUGGCUUCAGGUGUGCCUUCAGCAUAUGGAUGAUGCCUUCGAUGGUCCUCCCAGCAACGGCAAUGCGAGUGAAGCCGAGAACCUCAACGACGAACGCUAUGACCUGGCCGGCAUGUCCGAGGACAUUUCCGUCCUGAAGCUUCCGGAGAUGUGCGACAAUGAAAGGCCCUCGCGCAAGCCCAAAAAGUCGCUGCUGUCACCCGUCGAUUUUGACACGCUGGAGAUCCCCAAACCGGAUUUUAACGUUCCCCAGGAGUUUCUUUUGUCCAAGGAGCAGCUGAAGUGUAACUACGAAUGUAGUUUGUCCAUUGGGAACUUUGCCUCCCGGCUGCUGGUGCUCAUGUUCCCUGAGCUCUUCACCCACGAGAACACGCGCAAGCUGUACAACUGCAGCGGUUCCUUGGGGAAAAAGCAGCUGGAUCCCCAACGGGUGAACCUGAUCCGCCAUUACGUGCAGUUGGUCUACCCGCGAGCCAGGAACGACCGAGUGUGGAUGCUGGAGUUUGUGGGGAAACUUGACGAGAGGUGCCGGAGACGCGACACGGAGCAGAGGAGAUCCUACCUGCAGCAUCGCAAAGGCGACGCUCACGAUGCAGAGCAGGAAUUCUUCCUCAACCAGAUCCACCCAGACGGCAUGAGGGAGGAUCCGGAUAUUCCCGCGUUACCGCCUGAGAAGAGCACGAAAGACUUUUGCAAAAUCCCCCUGGAUGAACUGAUCGUUUCACAACCAGACUUCCCGGUUCCGCCAGCGUACCUGCUCUCCGACGCGGAGGUACGGGAAAUAGUGCAGCAGAGCCUCUCGGUUGGAAACUUUGCCGCCCGACUGUUGGUGCGCCUCUUCCCUGAGCUCUUCACCCAGGAGAACCUGCGCCUGCAGUACAACCAUUCCGGGGCCUGCAACAAGAAACAGCUGGACCCCGCGCGCCUCAGACUGAUCCGUCACUAUGUGGAAACGGUGUACCCUGUGGACAAGAUGGAGGAAGUGUGGCACUACGAGUGCGUGCCGAGCAUCGAUGAACGCUGCAGGCGCCCCAAUCGGAAAAAGUGUGACAUUCUGAAGAAGGCCAAAAGGUCAAAUUCUGUGUUAUAGUGUCUGUCUCUCUCUCUCACACCCCCACACCCACAUUUUUGCACAGCAUAUAAGCUUAACUUUACAAACCUGUCCUUUUUAGGAUCAAGCCAACCUGUCUGGUGUUUCUUCCGUACAACUCCUCGUCCCGCUCCGGGCUCCAGAUGUAUGACAAAAGCGUCUAUUUAAGCCAAAACUUGUCAUAGCUUAUUUAACAUUGCCGUAGCCUUCAACAAUAAGAAAAGUUGUUUAUAGUAUAGUUUCCUAAAAGAGCAGAA